AUGGCCUCUUCUCACGACUUCUCAACUUUGAGUUGGGAUGAAGUUCUUUCUAAACUUCGCGAAGUUGAGGACCUUUGCGCUAAGUGCGCCCUUAAACAAGAAGCUCUUUUUGCUCGUUUCAACUCUCUUCCUGACAACUCUUCUGCCAAGUCACGAUUUCGCUAUCCCCCUGUUGACGAUCAUCCAUCACAUGAUGAUCCAAUGAAUGAUGAUCCACCUCCUCUUCCAUUAGCUAUUUGGGCUUCUAAACACGAGGCUGAUCCUAAUAUCAUCUUAGAUUUAUGUACCCCUUCUAUGCGAUACACCAAUAGUUUACGCCCUCCACGGCGUACUCCUAAAUUUCUUUGUAAACACGUAUCCUCUAUGAUUUCCCCUGCAUCCUUUAAGCGCACACAGAAAAUUAAGACAAAAUUGUCUUUUGCGCGUUUGGUUUUAUCCCCUUCUACAAUACGUUUAUUAGUUCCACCUUUAUCACGUCCUUCCCAACCUAAAAGUCCCUUUCAAAAUAAAUUCCUAGACUCCUCUCUCAUAACUCCCCAUAUUUCAGCUCUAGUAGAUACCGCUGAUAAUGACAAUAACGUUCCUCCUCCGGUCCUUUCUCUAACUAGUAUACCUGCGGGAUCUUCACCUGCAACUUCUGCUUCAGCCCUCCUUCAUGAUAAUGCACAGUGUUUAUCUUACACUUUCACAAUACGCAACUGUUACUUCCUUUUGGACUCCACUCCUGAUUCGGAUAAUUGUUAUUCGAUUCAUACCAAUUCUCCUCUCCUUUCAACUACUAAGCCAUUUGAAUUUACAUCUGAUCGUCCUUCUCCUAAUUUGAAAUUUAUUUUAUCAAAAUUUUUAACCUUUUUCUUUUACCGACAAAACCGUAUUCCCUCGUAUGCUCGACGUAAAUAUUUUAAUAGGUUACGCCAGCUUUUAUUAACACAACGUGUUACCUCUCUUGCCCGUUGGUCAUUUUCUCAUCGUAAUAAUAGACGUACUCGUACCUUUAUUCAAUUUCGAUAUCAUCAAUCUUGCUUUUACCUUGACCUUUAUUUUGGUUGCCCGUUUUGCAAGACUCCUGCUGCCUAUGUUAUGUCUCGCUUUUGUCAUGCUUGUCAUAUUCAUGACAAAAAACUUGUUCACACUUCUCCUCCUCCUCCUUCUCCUCCUUUCACUUUACCUUGUAACCGUGUGUCUAAAAGACACGCUGAUGGUUUUUAUAAAGAUGUAACUUCCCGACGUCUAGGACUUUCCUACCGCAAAUCUUAUGCUUUUCAUCAUGUUUUUAAGGAUGACAGUGAACGCCAUAAAGACCUUUUAUCAGACCAGAGCAAAUUUUCACGACAUGUUAUUCAGCUUGAUCUUCUUGACUCUUCCAUGUGGAUGGCCACUAAGAAUCAUGCUAUAGUCAUUCCUCCUACCUCCUAUCAUUUGACUAUGUCUACUACUGAUUACUCAAUUGUCCAGAAUAUACGUAAUCUCGUAUCUAAGCGCCCUGAUGUUUCCUUCUGUUUGAACGAACGUUCACAUCACUCUUCAGUUGCGUUUAUAUCUUCUAAAUUUACAGGUUCUAUCCAAAAAGUGGUUUUGAAUCCCUCUUCUGUAGUUGGAAGUCAUUUUAUUACUGACAAACCCACCUCUGGUCCUUUUGUUGGUCUGAACUGCCCUGUUAUUGAUUAUCAAGAUUUUAAAACUUUUGGCUUUAGUCGUUCCAUUAUUGAUAUACACAACACUUUCUCGGUAUCGAAGAAGUAUCUUCGAGAUGCCAUCCAAUCUAUUAUCACCAAAUCGGCUUCCUCUUCGACAUUUUCACAUCUUUGGAAUAGUGAUACACAGUUUUCUUUCAAACUAGGUCGUGUUAAACCUUGUGAUAUCUUAAUGUUAUUGGAUGUUUGUGCACCUUGGUUUGAUACACAUCCUUACCCUGCUCCUUCUGAUUUUCGAACACUGCCUAUGGCCUCUUCUCACGACUUCUCAACUUUGAGUUGGGAUGAAGUUCUUUCUAAACUUCGCGAAGUUGAGGACCUUUGCGCUAAGUGCGCCCUUAAACAAGAAGCUCUUUUUGCUCGUUUCAACUCUCUUCCUGACAACUCUUCUGCCAAGUCACGUGCUUACCUCGCUUUUGGCCCCUCCGCCUACUAG